AUGGACAAUAAAACCUACUCCAAUCUGCCAGACAAACAGCCUGUCUCCUCUGAUUCCACCCACUUGCCACUGACCAGGUCCUUCUAUCUGGACCCCAUGAUCAUGUUCCACCUGUACCCUGAGGGCCCGGUGCCAUCUCCUUACUCUGAAGACCUGCCAUUGCUGCCUUUUUCCAGUGACUCUCUGAUCAUGGAAGACUAUGGGGAACCCUGCGCCUUCUCCUUCCCAAUGCCUUAUCCAAAUUACAGAAGGUGUGAAUACUCCUACAGGCCAGCCUUUAUCCAGAAAAGGAAUGAGCGGGAAAGGCAGCGGGUGGAAUGUGUCAAUGAAGGCUAUGUCCAGCUCCGACAUCAUCUGCCAGAGGAGUACUUGGAGAAACGACUCAGCAAAGUGGAAACCCUCAGAGCCGCAAUCAAGUACAUUAAUUACCUGCAGUCCCUGCUGUACCCAGAUGAGGCUGAGGCCAAGAAUAACCCCAGGAAAGAUUCCUCCAUAAUAGCAACCACCAGCCGCCACACUGGCCCCAUUUUCAGAAUCAUUUGA